AUGACCGACUCAUCCCAAGAGAAGAUCCCGACGAAUGUCGAUAUAGAGAACGACAUCGCUGCACUCUCCCAGGUCGCCGAGAGGGAGAAGGAUAAUCUGCACAUCUAUAACCGCUGGACGCAGAAGUUACUCGUCUGGGGAGUAGAAGCGAGAGGUAUCCUCCCGGUACCUGUUGAGCACCGGACUGACACCCAGUACCAUAAACUGUUUUUCAUAUGGUUAUCUGCGAACUUCAACAUUCUAUCGUUUUCCGCAGGCACUCUGGGUCCUGUUGUAUACGGCCUGGGACUGAGAGACUCAUGCCUUGUCAUCUUGUUCUUCAAUCUGCUAUGUAGCGCUCUUCCUGCCUAUCUAACAGCAUGGGGUCCGAAGCUAGGUUUGCGCCAGAUGUGCCAGGCCCGUUACAGUUUUGGUUUCUUUGGGGUUAUUAUCCCUAGUAUCUUCAAUCUUGCAUCAAUGUGUGGAUUUUGUAUCUUGAAUUGUAUUCUUGGCGGCCAAACACUUGCCAGUAUCACUAACGGGAAUCUCAGCUGGAGUGUAGGAAUUGUAGUAAUAGCUGUAGUGUCUCUUCUGAUAUCAUUUUGUGGUUACAAAGUGAUUAAUUGGUAUGAGCGACUCGCUUGGCUACCUGUCCUCAUCAGCUACGUCGUAGCCCUCGGCUUAGGUGGCAAGCAUCUAUCGAAUCCCCCAUCGGCGGCUCCCGCAACUGCCCCAACUAUCCUAUCAUUUGCCUCGACGAUUGCAGGCUUUGUGAUAACGUACUCCCCCAUGAGCUCGGACUUCACCAUAUAUUACAGACCUGACGUUCCAAGUUGGAAGAUGUUCUUGUAUUCCUACCUUGGAUUCAACAUCCCAAUUAUUCUCGUACAGUGUCUUGGUGCUGCCGUGGUCGUUGCCACACCAUCCGUCCCAGCAUGGGCAGCAGGCUAUGAUGGUGGGAAUGUCGGUGGCCUAUUGGAGGCCAUGCUCAGCCCGUGUGGAAACUUCGGGAAAUUCCUGACGGUGCUGCUUGCACUCAGUGUCACGGCAAAUAUUGCGCCGACGUUCUAUUCGAUGGGCCUCAAUUUCCAGGUGUUUAUCCCCGCCAUGGUUGUCGUGCCGCGAUACAUGUUCGCUUUGGUUGCCACCGCUAUCAUUAUCCCCCUGUCAAUCAUUGGCGCGCAUACCUUCUACUCCACACUCACAAAUUUCCUGGGGCUGAUCGGAUACUGGGCGAGUGCCUUCGGUGGCAUCGUCUUGAUGGAACACCUCGUCAUCCGCCGCAACGACUUCUCCGCAUACGACCUGCGCUUCUGGAACAAUUGGCGCCACCUGCCGACGGGUCUCGCCGCGCUCGGCGCGUGCGCGCUGGCCUGCGGGCUGAUCGUGCCGUCGAUGGACCAGGUGUGGUUCGUCGGCCCCAUCGCGAAGAAAACGGGGGACAUCGGAUUCGAGUUGGCGUUUGUAUCAACUGCGCUAUUCUACAUACCCCUUAGAUACCUCGAGUUAAGAUUCAAGAAGCUGGUAUAG